CAGUAAGUCAGACAGGGAGCUGUCCAGCUAUCCAGAAAUCUGAAACAGUACUAAUUACUACAGACUGCUGACAUUUAAAGGUGCAUCACUGAAGAAGCCUGCAAUAGAAAAUAUCACAUCACAGAAAAUACUUUAAAAGACCGAGGUAAGCAUAAUUUACUUUAUUUUGUCAGUGAUGCUAUUCUGUCUCACUGUACAUGUGAGAGCUCUGUGUUUGUAAACAGAGAAUCAUUUUCAGAAGAAUAGUCAUGAGAGUGAGUCAAAAUGUUGCAUGAAAAUACAUCAAUUAGUAGAGAGAUCAUUUGAAAUGCCCCUAAUUUGCUGGUCUAAUUCUGUGAUGUUUUAGUUUACAAUGACAUCUGAUGUCAAAAUCUUUGCCAACUCAACUUUGCUGCAUUGAAAAAAGUACAUGGUCUAUGUGCAAAAGCUGGUUAUAAUGGCUUUAAAGAAAAAAUGCAUGUAACACAAAUAUUGUAAAACAGAAUGUUCAAAGUUAUGGAUUUAAAUCAUGAUUAUUUAUAUAUAUUUUUUCAAGGCACAGUUUAUUCUUUUAUUGUUAUAUAGACAAUUUUUAUGUUUCCUCUUUGCUCCCUAGUCAUUUGAAAGUAAAUACUAGGAUCCAUUUUUUUGUGUGUUCUGGAAAGUAGUGUAUAGAUUUAUUUUUUCUUGUCAUUAUGCAUAAGUAGCACUUUCAUUAUUGACAAUAGCUGAAUUUCUUUGUUUUUCCAUGUUUAAAAAGAAGUGAAAAAAUAUCAGUAAUAGCAUAGGGGAGUUAAAGCCCAACUACAAUAUAAUUUAUUUAUUUAUCAUAAAAAUGGUGAGAAAUUAGUCCAACAACAAAGGGUUAAGAGUUUGCUUUAAGAUGUAUCUAUAUAAAUGUAAAUUACCAUAAUAUAGUUAUAGUACAAUUUACUGUGGCGCUUAGGAAAUUAUUAAAUGGUAGACAUUUAUUUUACCAUUAUGCAUACUUAAAUUUUCAAUAAAAAAAGCAAUACAUGGGAGACAGAGCUUGAUAAAUACUUAAAUAUUAAAAUUUUCUUUUAUAUUUCUAAUUACAAAAUAUAAUGAGUCACUUUGUUCAUAAUAAAAAAUAUUGCAGUAGACAUAAAAUUACUGCUUGUAAUCUGUAGCAGAAUGAUUCUUAUCAUCAAUAUGCAUACAAUUUGUAGUAUCACUAGUUUUACAGUGAAAUACUCAUCUAUAUGGAACUGGAAAGGCUACCUGUAAAACCUAUUCUGUCCCAACACUCCAGUACACAGGCCUUCAUUUCAUUUUGUUGGAUAGGUUUUCCAAACAAUUUAAUAUUUUGGAUAAACAUUUACAAUUCUUUUUAAUUAUAUUAAAAAAAUCAUAUACAUAAAUAUAUCAAUAUAAAAAGUAAAAUCAAAAUAUUAACAUUUGUUUAUAAUAUUAAAUCAUUUUAAAAGUUUAUCCAAAAAUAUAAAACCAUUUGAAAUUGGAAUCCAACAAUACUAAAUGAGUAAGCUAGAGUUUCUAAAAGAGUUUAGAUGAACUCAGAUUUACUAAACAAAACAGUUCACUACAAUUUGUAUUAAUCAGCAGUUUCAGUCUUUUUAUUUUUAUUUAAUUCCUUUUAUAUAUAUCAAACCUUCUGACAAUGAAAUGUAUGCUGGUCAAUAUUUUCUCAACUGAUUUCACUAACUGUGAAGAACGGUGAAAUAUAAUGUUGCUGACAAAAUAAAAGUAACAAUAGUAAUAUAUAUAUACAUAUAGAAUUUAACCUUCACAAGUAUUUGAUAUAUAACAUAGGUCAUAGGUAAGCAACCUUCUGCACUCCAGAUGUUGUGGACUACAUAUCCUAUAAUGCUCUUACAGCCAUAAUGCUGGUAAAGCAUCAUGGGAGAUGUAGUCCAAAACAUCUGGAGUGCCAAAGGUUGCUUACCCCUGACAUAGGUCAUUAGAUAUGUGUAGUAAUACAAAAUCAGACUGUGUAGGUGAAUCAGAGAAGUUGCAUUUAAGUUAGUUGCAAAUAAUAUACUGUGUGGCUAUGUAACUAGCAGCUAUAUAUAUUGCCUUCAAAAUAAAAUUGAUUGUAUUCUAUUCAUUGCUUAAAAUAUGUUCAAUUUUAUAACACAGUCAUUGAAAUAUGAACUGUUCAGAAUAAAAAAAAAUUGUUUUAGACGAUAAUAUUUUUCUUUCACACUUGAGCCUAUUACUCUUUUUGAGUUUUUGUGUUACAAUACGAUUCUUUAUUGCAAGAUAGCGGAGAAUAGCUAAGACAGCAAUCCGUUGUAAGAUUUAACUUUUGUUUAGAGUAAAUGUGUAAUUGCUUUCUUUCCUAACAAUUCAUACUUCCUUUAAUUCACUAUAUUCGUCCUUUAGUUCGCCAUUGUUCAGUGUAUUGAUGGGAUCUUUUUAUUGGAGCAAGUAAAAGUCACUUGCAAAAAGUAGAAUCUAUUCUUUACUAAUAAGUGUCAUGGAAAGUGGCCCCCGGUUGGUUGUAGCACCACUUAAGAGAUUAGAACACAGUUACUUUGUAAAAUCUACAUCUUCUUAGCCACAAGAAUGCAAGUGUAUGGAUGAAGGUUAAUAAUAAUAUCAAUGGUUCUUCCUGAUUAAAUCAACCUUGCAUAUAAAUAUAAGUAAAACAUUUCAUUAGUGGAAAUUGACUUUCUUCUUGUAUUUCAUUGCAGGUUACUUUGACAAUUAAAACUCCAGGCAAGUGGAAUGUAAUAUAGCAACAUUGCAAUAUACAUUGCUUAAGUACAACCUCUUAAUCGAGAAAAAAAUAAAAAUCUUAACCUUCAAGUAUUUUGAUUUCUACAUUAAAAAUCUGAGAAAAAGAAAAACAAAAAAAGACUUCCUGACCCUAGCUUUACAUUCAGACUUAUCUUUGGAUCAAUGUCUGAGAUGGUUAGUGUACAUGGGUGGAUGGAGGAGGCUCUGAGCUCACAGGAUGAGAUGAAUGAGUCAAAUCAAAGGGAGUCUGCAUAUGAUAUGUUGUCAGGUAUGAGUCAUGAAGAACAUGGAAGCAUUGAUGGAGAAGAUGAUGAAGAGGAGGAGGAAGAUGGAGAGAAACCGAAAAAAAGGGGACCUAAGAAAAAGAAGAUGACAAAAGCUAGGAUGGAGAGAUUCCGUGUCCGACGAGUGAAAGCCAAUGCCAGGGAACGUAGCAGAAUGCAUGGGCUUAAUGAUGCACUGGACAACCUAAGGAGAGUUAUGCCUUGCUACUCUAAAACUCAGAAGUUAUCGAAGAUUGAGACUCUUAGACUGGCUCGGAACUACAUAUGGGCAUUGUCUGAGGUAUUAGACAGAGGCCAGACAACUGAAGGAAAAGGUUUCCUUGAAAUGCUUUGUAAGGGACUCUCUCAGCCCACAAGUAACCUGGUAGCUGGCUGUCUUCAACUUGGACCUCAGACAAUGUUUUUUGAGAAGCAUGAAGAGAAGUCCCAUUUAUGUGAAUCUUCCCUACCUGGACACACGUACAGUUAUCAAUCUCCAGGCUUACCCAGUCCGCCAUAUGGUAACAUCGAAGCACAUCACUUGCACUUAAAGCCUCCCACAUUUAAAUCUGUGGUGGAUUCUUCCAUGGUGAACCAUACGUUAAACUGUACCACCCCGCCAUAUGAAGGUGCUCUUACUCCUCCUCUUAGCAUCAGUGGUAACUUUUCUCUAAAGCAAGAUGGGUCAUCUGAUAUGGACAAGUCCUAUGCUUUCCGCUCUCACUAUCAAUCUCUUGGACUUGGUGGAUCUCAUGGACAUGGGCCGCACUUUCAAACUGCAGUUCCACGAUAUGAAAUUCCCAUAGAUAUGCCCUAUGAAACAUACCCACACCAUGCUAUUUUCAGUGAAUAAAUGAAAGACUUGAAUCUGAGGGACUAAUGGGUGGUGAGAGAAGAAAAGAGCAACCCAAUUAUUUUUUCUGUAGAGUGAUUAUCUACUUCUCAUAUGACUUUCUUGACUGUGACAUUGACUGCUAUUUCUUAUAUUUUAGCACAUUGCAAUCAUGUACACUUCCCAUGAGUUAUCUUCUCAUUGUUUUUAAAUUUCAACUUGUAGCAUUGUUUCAUUGUUUGCAGUUUGAGUUCUGUUGAGUAGUUAUAAUUGUGAACAAUGCAUUGGUAAUGGGACAAUUUCAGGGCGAAUUUCAUGGUAAUAGAUUUAAUUAUCCACUUUAAGAGGUGGACAUUUUACCCAUUCCUUAUGGUGAUGUUAUGGUAAUCAACAUGUUCUAAAAACUAAUGAAUUAUGCAUCUAUAACAGCAAAAUCAGUAUAAGCACUUGGAAGAUUCUAAAUCCACCCACGAGAUAUAAACCUUUCUGGUUUCCACGAGGGAGAAAAUAAAAUAAACAAAGUUUUCAUAUCUUGCACUAAACAUAGCAGUUUUACAAAUAAUGAUUUUAAUGUAUUAAUUCACAGGAUUAUUCACUGGAGUGGGAAUUGCUGGGAAUUAAUGAUUUGAUAUUAUUUACCUUAAACUUUCAUUCAGGAGAUGAAGUCUGGUACUUUAUGGAAUCCUGUGAGCUCACAACAUCUUACAUACAAUGGCUAUGCCAGAAUGCCUAUCUUAAUUGUGAAAAAAAACAAAAAACCUAUACAGUUACAGUAGCCGAACCCUUUGAACAAUCUUAAAGAGACACCCUUAAGCUUGCUGAAUGCUUUAUGUGUGAUGAAUGGCCUCUUUUUUUUCAUUUUACAAAAAGCGCAGAUUUCAAUAGGAAUUGACACUUUUAUAAAUUAAUCUUUUUACACAACGCAUAUUUUCAUCUGGGGUAUAUCUUCUAAACAGUGAUCUUUAUUUAUUUGCUUUUUUUUUUUAAGCAUUUGAGAUGUGAAGUGUCCCUUUAAUGUUUAGCAAUUUGAGAUUUGUUCAUAAUCUCCAGAAAUUAAAUACUGGCUGUUAGCGUCAAUUAAAUUAAAGAGUAAGGGCUUUAUUAAUCAAUCAGUGAUCUGUAAUACGUUGAAAACAAAGUGGCAAUCAUAGAUGACGAUUGUUGACUAUUUUAGUCAGUUGAUGACUUGACAUCAACCACAGCUUACAGUUCUAUGUAUAAACCUCUAGAUGCCCAUAACUUUGCAAAUCACUUUAAAAAAUAUUAUUUAAAAAAUAACAGUGGAAGCCAUUUCAGUAAAAAUAUAAUUUGCAAUUUCAAUUUUCUCAAUUCAGUAGCCUUGAGAUAUCAUGUAUCCUGCACCAAAUUUUAAAGAGAAACAAUUUAAAUAAUUUAAUAUACUUUGGUUUAGUGUAUUUAUGUAGGAUAGUGGAUAUACUGCUUGUUUAUUUAUUUGGGCUAAUGGAACUACCCCUUUCAUAGCACCUAGCUAGCAUUAUAUUAUACAGGUCAAAGAUCUCAACAACAAUGUAGUAGUUAUAAUCAAAGUCAGGUGUUUCUGGCAUAGAUUAAUUAGUUGUGCCAGUACACUAACUACCAUACAAACAAGAUUUGUUGAGACAAUAAAGGCCGGUGGGCUAAAUGGUGAGGGAUGGUAAGAUAGCACCUGAUUUGCACAACUUAAGCUAAAAAAAUUGUUUAAACAAAUCCAUCUAAAUUAUUUUGGUUUAAAGCUCUUGUUUGUUACUACAUUUAUUAGAGACUUUGUUAACACAAUAUGGCAAGCCAGAUCUAAGGGUAUAAUUAGUCCCUUAUGUGAUAUAGAGACAAAAAAAGCAUUCAAGGUUUUUACAAAAGUGAGAAUUCCAAUGAUUUUCACAGUUAAGGCCAGAGUAGCUGAGAUGAAAGCAAAGCUGACAGAGAAAUUUCCCAGUUUGGCUAUUUUGGUCUUAUAUUUUAAAUUCACCUUGAAUUCUCACUUUAGUGAAUGACCCUGAUAGUGUAAUCUUUAUAAAGCGGAAACCUUAACUUGGCCCAAAUUGCUCAUGAAUUCUGGUGUAUUGUACUGUUCUAUUUAUUUGAUUAAUAUUUAUUAUAUAGUUGUUAUUAUUUUGAUCAAAUAUUUGUUUUCUCUUUGCAUUGUG